GUUUGAGGGCUGGGCGGAACCCGAAAAGGCAGCGGGUCCACACACUUUGAAGGCUGGGCGGAGUUGUUCUUGUGCGCCUCGGCUGACGAUAUUUCCAAAACACUUGAACUCCACCGAAAGCAAAACACACCCCUCUUUCUCCUCAGACCCUCCCUCCCACCCCCGGUAACAUAAUUAUCACUCAUGUUUGUUUCGCAGGCAGCCGCAUCAACGCAGCCUCCGACCGGCGCCAGCACGCCAGUGGCAGGCACUCACCAAGCAUUUACGCACCGGGACCCGCCGGUAUUCAACGAGAAGCUGCAGCGAUCGCUGCAGAAGACACAGCAGCAGCAGGAGCUGUUUUUCCGGCCGCGCACGUCAAUCCUGGACUACACGGAGCUGAUGUGGGGCGGCAGCGACAAGAUCCGGGGCUUUGUGACGUGCUUCUGGACGAUCGCUGGCGCCUACCUGGUGUCGGUACUGGUGUCGCAUUUCGAGAAUAACGGCGAGUUCCUGUCGACGUCCCUGGGCGGGGUGAUUUUCAGCCGGUCCCUGGAGCUGGUGCUAGGGGAUCUGGCCUUGGUCCUUUCGACCAUGUUUGUGGUGCCGUUUACAAGGCUCCUGUGGCUCUCUACCCGGCUUGACUCGCGCAAUGCGUGGGCGAUACUGGCGCAUGCGGCUACCGAGAUUUCCUGGCUGCUGUUCUGGUACGGCUGGCUGAUGGGCCGCGGGUGGCCGUGGGUGCAAAGGUGCUUUUUUGUCCUGCAUAUCAUGGUCAACUGGAUGAAAAUGCACUCGUACCUGAGCACAAACCGCAUGCUGGCCGGCAUGCUGCGGACCAGGACCGAGCUUGCGAAGAAAAAGGACAGCGCUACGGCAGAUCUGGACAUGGCGCUGAACAAAACGACGGUCAGCUUCCCGGCGAACGUGACGUUGGCCAACUAUGUGAUGUUCCAGCUCAGCCCGACCCUGGUGUACGAGCUCGAAUACCCGCGCACCAAGAGCAUCCGGUGGGGGUACGUGCUGGAGAAGAUUCUGGGCACCAUGGGCAUAUUCUUUGUGUUUUAUAUUGUGGUCGCCCACCUGGUGUUGCCCAGGCUCGAGAAGAUGCCCGAGGCCGGGGUCCUGGUCACCACAGUGCACUUGAUGGGGCCGAUGGCGACCUGCUGGCUCUUGUUUUUCUUCAUCACCUUCGAUUCAAUCGCCAACGGGUUCGCCGAAUUGACAAGGUUUGCCGACCGCCGCUUCUACGACGACUGGUGGAAUGCCCGCGGGCUCGACGAGUUCUCGCGCAAGUGGAACCGCCCUGUCCUGCACGAGGUCACCCUGACCGUGGCCUGCAGCAGGUGGAACCACGGGCUGUUUUUCAUCUUCCAGAUGAUGCAGGUGCCGGUCAUUGUGUUUUCUGAGAAAGUCGCCUGGUUCAAGGACUGCCAGGCCAUGAGGAACUGGUUCUUCUGGGUCGCCAUGGUCAUUGGCCAGCCGUAUUUGCUGUGCAUGUAUACGUAUGGCGCCUUUGCUACCAAGUCUGUCUCCAUAUACCAACAGCCUGGCAGCCCCAGCGUCCAGACAAACGGAACCAAUGCCGGCAUGUAACGAAACGACAACCAUCAUCUUAUCCCUCUCACCCCUAUCAGAUUGGCUGUUUCUCUCGUCUAGCUCGCAGUUCUAGCCUUGAGAUAUAGACUCACGAAUUUAUAGUAGACAUUCUUAUCCACACCAUAGUGCAACAAUAUAUUGGCUUUUACGCAUC